ACAGUCCUUUGAGUUAUUCCUCAGGAAGGAAGGACAUGGAUUCAAGUCUGUCAGGAAUACUGAUCGUCAGUGUUUCUGUGCAUUGUGUCAGCGUGUGAACUGUGGCGGAUGUACUCCUCAUUGAAUUAACUGACUGCAUCCAUCUGAGCCAUAGUGCUACUCUUGUACCUCAGGGAAUAAAGUGGAGAUGGAGGAUUUCUGGACAUUUGCUCUUUGGGCGCUGAAGACUUGGCUGUACCUCAUAAUCUGCCUCAUCAUGAUCCCAGCCAUGUUUGGCUUCUCACUGGGCAUCUCCGAGACCUACAUGACCAUCCUGGUGAAAACCUUAGAGUGGGCCACUCUGAACAUACAGAAAGUAUACGCAGAGGAAAGAACACUCACAGCAUCUCCAUCUAAUGGUCUCAUCGAGAGGGAAGAUGGCUCUAUGGAGAAAGAGUUGGAGGAACUCCGACGCAGUCGCCCUAAAUCACUGGGCAGUGAUUUUACACUUAGUGACUGUGUCUAUUUCACCCGGCGAGGAAUCGAGAGCAUUGUAGAGGAUGAGGUGACCCAGCGGUUCACUUCAGAGGAGCUGGUGUCGUGGAACUUACUGACUCGCACCAACAACGAUUUCCAGUACAUCAGUCUGAAGGUGACACUGGUCUACGGCAUCGGCAUCUUUAUGAGAUACUGCAUCCUCGCCCCACUCAGGAUAACUCUGGCCUGCAUUGGCCUCUCCUGGUUGGUCAUAGGAACAUCGGCAGUUGGAUUACUUCCAAAUUGGAGCAUAAAGUUCUGGCUCAGUGAAUGGGUCCAUGUGAUGUGCUACAGGAUCUGUGCUCGAGGACUCUCUGCCACCAUCCGAUAUCACAACAAGGAAAAUAAACCAAAGAAAGGAGGAAUCUGUGUUGCCAAUCACACCUCUCCCAUUGACAUUGUGAUUCUCUGCAAUGAUGGGUGUUAUGCUAUGGUGGGUCAGAUACAUGGAGGUUUGAUGGGAGUCAUCCAGAGAGCCAUGGUGAGGUCGUGUCCUCAUGUCUGGUUUGAGAGAGCAGAGAUGAAAGAUCGCCACCUAGUGACCAAAAGGUUGAAGGAUCAUGUGAAUGACAAGACAAAGCUUCCCAUAUUGAUAUUUCCAGAGGGAACAUGUGUCAACAACACAUCUGUCAUGAUGUUUAAAAAGGGAAGUUUUGAAAUCGGAUCAACGAUAUAUCCAGUGGCCAUUAAGUAUGACCCAAAUGUUGGAGAUGCUUUCUGGAACAGUUCCAAGUAUAGCAUGGUCAGUUAUCUGCUGAGGAUGAUGACCAGCUGGGCCCUCGUCUGUAAUGUCUGGUACCUGCCAGCCAUGCACCAACAGGAGGAAGAAGAUGCUGUCCAGUUUGCCAAAAGAGUCAAGUCGGCCAUCGCUCUCCGGGGAGGGCUGGUAGAUCUACAGUGGGAUGGAGGCCUGAAGAGAGCGAAGGUGAAGGAUUUGUUCAAAGAGGAGCAGCAGAAGCAGUACAGCAGCAUGGUGCUGGGAGACGACAGCAGCAGCCACAGUGACUGACUUCCCCGACAGUACGCUGAAUAAGUCCCUUCCCCGUGGAGAACAGACACUGGAAUCAGGCCUCUCUCUUCAGGCCUCUCUCUCCAGUCUCCUCUCCUCUCUCCUCUCUCUGUCUCUCUCUCUGUCUCCUCUCCUCUCCUCUCCUCUCUCUCUCUCUCUCUCUGUCUCUGUCUCUGUCUCCUCUCCUCUCCUCUCUCUGUCUCUCUCUCUCCUCUCUCUGUCUUUCUCUUUUUCUCUCUCUCUCCUCUCUCUCCUCUCUCCUCUCUCCUCUCUCCUCUCUCCUCUCUCUCGUAUGUUCCUAUUAGCUGGAUCUGAUCAUGCCAAGUGAACUUUCAAACACACUGUGAAACCUCAGGAACAGCUAACAGGAGAGUCUCUCAGUGAUUCACAAAGUGCAAUAUUGAACUUUAUGAGAAGCAGACUGUGGCUCUGGAAAAGGGAAAGCUCUCUGUCUCUUACUGCUGCUGAAGAAACCGGAGCUUCCGUUGUGAUUGAAUGUUAAUGCUGAGAAAAUGCUCUGAAUGAAAUGUGUGAUUCCAGACAAGCCACUGAUCAGAAAAAACUGGAUUCAUGAACGUCUCAGUCAGUCGACUCAUUCAUGUCCCGUUCUGUGAUUGUGCAAUGAACAAAAAGAACCUGUAGGUAUAUUGUAGUUUUUCUGUUUUGUAUCAUAACAUGACCUAUUAUUUAAUACAACAGAUGCAGAGAGAUAAAUACUAAGAUAUUGGUUUUAUGUAUUUACAUCUUGCAGUGUUGUACUGCAACAUAAUUAACACUGAUAAGCACCUACACCUAUGUAUAACAUAGUUUUUACACAGUCUUCCAUUAUUGAAGUUAACACUGAUAGACAUGAUACACCGAUAGUUUUGGUUAUACAAAAAGGAAACUUCUUGUGCUGUGUUUUUUUCCACAGUACUGUAAAGGCAAAGCAUGGACACAAGGGUUUGGCACUUAAAUAAUGCAUGAUGAUGGAUGAGUGUGAAAGAUAGCUCAUUAAAUGUCCACAUGAGAUGCGACAGUCUUAAAGGAGAACACACAGCUGAGACUUUUUGGAUCUCUCUCCACUGGGUAAUUUUCCUGAAGCGUGAACCUCCUCUCUGCUGUCACUUUUCUGCAGGUUCUCCUCUUUGGGUCCUUAAAGCAAAAAAAAAAAAAUGUAUUCACUCACUGCAGUUUUGUGAAUGUUGACAUUCAAUCUGUUGACGUAGCGUUCUCACCAUCAUUCUUCUCACCAUCAUUCUCGUUAUCACUCAGAUCUGUGUUGUCCUGUGUAAAAACAAACCAGCACCACGUUGUGUCUCACAGCCUUUACAACAAGCAGUAACGAGCCUCUAUGUGAUGACAGCACUCACCUGACACAAGUUACUUUUGUUAUUCUUCUCUUUGAGUUCCUGAUAUCUGCAAAUAUCAAGGAUGAAAAAAGGUUUACAUGUGAUUGCCAAGAAACUCAGCUGAAACUAAUUUAUUUACAGCCAGUGUGUCUUUGAAAUGUGACUUCCUGCCUGUUCCUUUUAGUGAACAAGCCAAGAGAAACAAAUGGUACAGGGAAAUAUUUAUGAGCCUGAUUAGUGCCUCACAUCUGUGUCUCCCUCUGCACAGUUCAAAUGACAAACAGGUUGCUGUUGAUUCAGGCCAGCAGUGUUUAAAUUAAGCUGCUUUUAUCUCUUAGCAAUAAAACAGCCAAUAAAGAUGCUCUGUGGCAAAU